AAAUCAAGCUAAUUUGCUGAGUUUUCAAAGGGUUAACGGGCACUUUGUAAUAUAAUCCUGCAUAAAAGGAGCUCAUAAAGUAGCUUGAGGCUCACUAAUUUCUGUGUGUCUUUCAUGUUAACUUCACCUCUCAUUUUUCAUUGCGUGCGUUGCAGCCGGGAACCGUCCUGAUCAUGAAAGGCCAGGAGGACGUGGCGAGGGACCAGCCGCUGUCCCGAGUCAUCCACCCCCCUCAUCCACCCCCUCCCAGCUCCAAACCGCGCUUUGACGGCAACGCACGCCGAACCAGCCCUUCAACGGGCAACAAAGGCUCUGCUGGUCAGGAGGGAGAGUUCCCCUGCAAGAAAUGUGGCAGGAUUUUCUACAAGGUGAAGAGCCGCAGCGCCCACAUGAAGAGCCACGCCGAGCAGGAGAAGAAGGCCGCAGCGCUGCGGCAAAAAGAGGCCGAGGAACGAGCGGCGGCAAAAGCAGCCGCGGAGGCCGCGGCCGUCCUCGCCGCACGGCAGCAGAACGGGACACGACAGGUGGGCGGGGACAGCACCAACGACGACUCAUCUGACGGGGAGGACGAGGAUGAUGAGGACUGGCAGUAAGAGAAAGGCCGCUCGCACUGACUGCACCGAGCAGCGAGGCUUCUCUCUGAGACGGGAGACUUAAAAAAAAAAAAAGAAAAGAAAAGAAGAAUCCCUCCUGUGAACUCUGUGUAUAUUUUGUGGAACUAGACU